AUGUCUCAUGAAAAAGAAUCUAUCGAAGAUGAAUAUACUGACGAAGAACAAGAACAGGAGCAAGGAAUGAUUUAUAUGCCAAUUUCAACGCUUGAGGAAUUUGGCAUUAAUGCUUCUGAUAUCAAGAAACUUUCUGAUAAUGGGUACACUACCGUUCAGUCU